CACCACGUGCUUGAAGACAACGGUUAAUAAUGGGGUCGUGAGGGCUUGAACACGUGACCUCAAAGACAAACCAGUUGGUUUAUGACAUGGUAUCAAAGCAUUCUGUGACCGUGAGGUCUUCUGUUCGAAUCUCCAUGACCCACAUCUGUUUCUGUUAAGCACAUUGUGUCCGGACCUGUACGUGUGCAAACUCCAAGCCUAUCUGAGUAGAUUGAGUUUGCGGGGAAGGUGUUAAUAAGGUAUAUGAUCUAGAAUUGAACUUCUCGCAACAACUCGAGUUAUUAGGAUCAACUGCUUCUUGACAAAUACUUAUAUAUUUAUGUGUCAAAAGUUAUUUUAAUUUUUUUAAUUGAAUCAAUCAGGAAUUGAUAAGGGGACUAUAAGUGUAUAACAUUAAUCUCAUUGCUAACCACGCGGCCUGCUUUGCUCCCACCUCGUCCAACGGAAGCCCCUUGUGACUGGAACACAUCUAUCUAAGCCUAAAUACUUGAAGCAAAUAAUGGAUUUUGGACAAAGUCCAUCAUGAACCCAAAUCCAUCACCAAAAUACUUCACCAAAUCCAUCAAGAAAAACAACCUCUUGAAAGAGAGGGAUGCCUUCGGGAACGCGGACACAGGUGGUGCAUGGCUGUCGUCAGCUCAUGCCGUAAGGUGUUGGGUUAAGUCCCGCAACAAGCGCAACCAUCGUUUUUAGUUGCCACCGUUGAGUUUGGAAGUGAAUACUUUAUCAUUGAAAAGUUACUACGAAAAUCAUAUUUAACAAGUUUGAUUAAAGAAUAACUUAAAAGAUAUGGACUCAAUUUCCACAUGUCUAGUUGUGACACAUACACACUGUCCUCAUCGAAUCAUUUCCUUCUUACAUGCUUUGCAUUUACGUUUUUCCAUUCCCAUGAUUUCCUUCUUACUUGCUUGCACUCCAGCUGAUCAUUUUGCCUAAGCUUCUCAUGACCACAGUACAGGCUACAGCAGCAGUAAGACGAGAAUCAUAAGAGAAAAGACCAAACCAUCCUCAUCCCUCUCACCUCUCUUGUCAGUUGUCACUCUCUGUUUUGAUGGAACGACAAUGGAUUGGAACUUGGAAGGAACCCAUUCAGGCGCCAUAAACUAUCCAAAAUGCUACACUACAAAAGGACCUCCUCCAAAAAAGUCCCCUCAUCCAACGAUCCACAACCCGAAUCAAAUUUACCCACAAAUUGUUUGUUUUCAAAAUUUCCUUCCUCUCUUUUCUUUAUUUUAAUGUACUUAUUCCCCUGUUCAGACCUCUGCUCCACUCUUUUUCGGGUUGCGGUUUUCGAUAUGGCGGUACACUCUUUCCCCAGUCCAGAAAAAUUAAACUAAUAAUUAACCAUUGUCCAUUUACAGGGGAGAGCAGAGCUCUUCAUCAAUAUUCUAAGUAGGAUUUCCUUUCCCCACUAUUUGCUACCCCAUCAAAACAAGCUAAAAAACAGAGCAUAAACAAAACAGAGUGAGAGAGAGAGAGUAACUGCAAGUUGGGAAACUGAAGACAAUGGCUUCUGUUGCUUCUUCAGCAAUUUUCCUCUUCUUCUGCUUCUUCUCCACUCUGGUUUUCAUACUGGUUCAGGGCGCUACUACCAGCACCGAGGAGCUGAGUUCUCUCCUGGAAGUAAAAUCAGCUUUGGACCCUGAAGGAAAGUACCUUUCUUCAUGGACCGUCAAUGGCGACCCGUGCGGCGGCUCGUUCGAAGGAGUGGGUUGUAAUGAGAAAGGUCAGGUUGCUAACAUUUCGCUGCAGGGGAAAGGGCUUCAUGGGAAGCUAUCCCCUGCCAUUUCUGGGUUGAAGAACUUGACUGGUCUCUACUUGCAUUACAACUCUCUGUACGGCGAAAUCCCCUCUGAGAUUGGGAACUUGACCGAGCUCGUUGACUUGUACUUGAACGUCAACAAUCUCUCCGGCGAAAUCCCUCCUCAGAUUGGCAACUUGGCUAAACUACAAGUGUUGCAGCUCUGUUACAACCAGUUUAAUGGAAGCGUACCAAUCCAGCUAGGCUCAUUAAACAAGCUAACUGUUCUCGCCCUUCAGUCAAAUCGAUUUAAUGGCGCAAUCCCGGCUAGCCUAGGCAAUCUAGGGAUGCUAACGCGCCUAGAUUUGAGCUUCAACCGUUUCUUCGGCUCAAUCCCAACGAAACUCGCCGAUGCUCCCGUUCUCCAACUUCUAGACAUCCGCAACAACACUUUCUCCGGCAAUGUCCCACUCGCUCUCAAGAGGCUGAACGAGGGUUUCGUGUUCACAAACAACCCGGGGCUCUGCGGGUCGGGUUUCAUGUCGUUAAGACCUUGCAAUGCAUCAGAAGGAACCAACCCAAACAGGCCAGAAGCUUUUGGACCAGGAGAUGGGAUUCCAAAUACAAGGGAAAUCCCACAAACAGCUGAUUUGAGACUCCCCUGCAGCGAGAAUCAAACUCACUGCUCUUCAAAUCCAGCAACUCACCACCAUCAAGCAGCCUCAUUCAUCGUGGGCUCAAUUGUCCUCACCAUAGCUUUGCUAGCCAUUUCAGCACUCUCAUUCAUUCACUACCGCCGCCGCAAGCAGAAGCUUUCCAGCACAUUGGAUCCUGCAAAUCUCUCUACUGAUCAACAAGCAAAGAGUGGUGGGAUCUACAGGAAAAAUGGCUCCCCACUAAUCAGUCUGGAGUAUCCCAACGGUUGGGAUCCUUUGGCUGAUGGCAAGAACUGUGGGAAUGCCACCCAAGAUGUUCUUGAGAGCUUCAAGUUCAACUUGGAGGAAGUGGAGACUGCAACGCAGUACUUCUCCGAGAUGAACUUGCUUGGGAAGUCAAAGUUUACCUCGACGUACAGAGGGAUUCUUCGAGAUGGGUCUGGUGUGGCGAUCAAGAGCAUCAGCAAGAGCAGCUGCAAGUCGGACGAGGCUGAGUUCUUGAGAGGGUUGAAUGCAUUGACUUCGCUGAGGCAUGACAAUUUGGUGAGGUUUAGAGGGUUUUGCUGCUCGAGAGGGCGCGGGGAGUGCUUCUUGAUCUAUGAUUAUGUUCAUAAUGGCAACUUGUUGAGCUAUCUGGAUGUUGAGGAAGGUGGCAGCCGUGUUCUUGAAUGGUCCACUAGAGUCUCCAUUGUUAAGGGCAUCGCCAAAGGCAUAGCUUACCUGCACGGCUACAAAGCCAACAAACCGUCCAUGAUCCACCAGAACAUCACGGCCGAGAAGGUGCUAAUCGACCAGAGGUUCAACCCGGUGCUAGCCGAUUCAGGCCUGCAGAACCUGCUCACCAACGACACGGUCUUCUCGGCACUGAAAGCUAGUGCGGCAAUGGGUUACAUGGCUCCAGAGUACUCGACCACUGGCCGGUUCACGGACAAGAGCGAUGUGUAUGCCUAUGGGGUGAUCGUGUUCCAAAUCCUCUCGGGGAAGCGAAAUGUUUCGAAUCUGGUCAGAUUGGGAGUUGAGGCAUGUAGGUUCCAGGACUACAUUGACCCAAAUGUCCAUGGAAGGUUCUUUGAAUAUGAAGCUGCCAAGCUUGCUAGGGUUGCUUGGCUUUGUACCCAUGAGUCUCCUAUUGAGAGGCCCUCCAUGGAUGUUGUUGUUCAGGAAUUAGGUAACUUCAGUAGCUGCAUCUAAGUUCAGGUGGGUUGUAGGGUUGUUUCUUUUCUUUCUAACUAAAGGGGAUGAAAGUAAGAUCUUGUCAACCUCAUUUUUCAAAUUGUACGAAAGGCUAGUUUCUUCUAGCCUUGAAGGAGAUGGUGGCAGGUUUAUGGAAUUCGGAGCAAGGAUUAUUGUACCUUAUCAACCGGUCGAGUAAUUAGCAUAAUGAGUAGAAUAUGAAGGUUACCCCUAAUGACCAUGGUGAAAAGUUUGUAACUUUGGCAUCUGUAGUUAGUUUCAUCACCAGUUGAUCUGUAGUUUUUUCAAAUGAUAGUGAAAUUUCGAGGGAAUUCAGCAUAUGAUGAACCAGAGAGAAAUCCAUAUGAUUGCGAGCUAAAGAGAUAAUAAGUAGCAUUCAACAUGGAAUAUAACUUGAUGAAGCACAAUAGCUCAUCAGUGCGAUUAUGCAAACAGUAGAUUGUCUAUCAAAACCAGAGUCGCCAUAACUGUAUUGGGCAUUAUCGCGGGUUGGGGCAUAAGAACAUUUGAUGAUAACAAACACAAAAUGGAUUAGAAAUAGGGAUGCCGAUGGUAAAUUUUGGGAGGAAAAAAUUACCUUGUAUAUGUUUAUACUAAUAAUGGAACACAAUACCUAUAGACGGUAUAAAAAUGUUUUUCCCUACACUACAACUCAUUACUUGUUUAUAAAUUGACAUUUCGAAAAGAAGCAGGCUAAACACGAUAAUAUACAAGAACUUUACAGAUCAGACUACCAAUUGCAACGACAAGUGUAUAAAAAGCAUUUUCAAUUUUGAGUUAUAUUCAGUAAAAACUUCGAGGUCGAAUUGGCCAACAGUUAGCUAAUGGUUGCUUAGUGGGAUGCAUUAAAGGAGACCUAUUUAAAUGUGUAGACAACAAAUAUAAUUUGUGUGUCUUCCCGAAUGUGAAAACUUGUCGUGGUUGUUUACGAAAACAAUGAUUGUAUUAUUAUUAUUAUUAUUUUUUUGUCUAUGAAUGAAUUAUUUGGAUACAGCAUCCUCAACUCCCAGUCCCGGGUAACUAAGAGAUUAGUUUUGAUUAUACUUAUUAAUUAAAUAUUUAUAUUUCGAAAAGAGGACACAUGUAUUAUCAAAUCCGGCCUCCGUCAUUGUUGAUACCCAUUUUCAAAUACCCAAAUCCUCAACCAUCACAUAGCCACGUGUGGAGGAUUUGUAACUCCAUCGCCAUAGAUGCGAUUUUUGAGUACCCAUGGUCCAUGGAUAAUGCUCAUCUCAUAUAUCCAAUAUUAUUAUAUCUAGAAUUGAACAUGUAGAGAUUCACUUAUAAGUUAUAGCACUAAACAAAGCUAGUAAAUAGCGAAAUCAACAAAGCUACACCCAUUAUUCAUAAUAUGAGUUCAAAAUAUCCCGUCAUAAAACAUCAUUGAUCCAUAAGAAAAAUUACAAUACUAUUCAAAUCAUUUGUCUGCAACUCACAUAUGUACUAAACAAUAAAUAACUAACAUAAUCUUGAUAACAAUGAAAAAGAAGUGAAAGAGUGAAUGGUGAGUAUGGGAAAAUAAAUUAGUUUUUGAUUUGGGUGCAUCUAAAUUACAUUUCACUUUUUUUAGUUACCUUUUGUGUCAUGGAUAAAAUAUUAUCUUAUGUUUUUUAGGGGUCGUUUGGAAGUUGCGAUUGUUAAAUAAAUGUAUUGUUGAGAA